AUGGAGAAUACUAACAUUGCCAUCAUUGGCUUAGGUCCGGCAGGACUCACAGCUCUGAAGACUCUGCGCGAAGAGGGUUUCAACGCCACUGCCUUUGAGAGGCGGGACAAGGUCGGCGGGGUCUGGUCCUAUAGUAGUAACACGACUUUCACCACUGUUUUAGAUGAGACAGUUUCCAACACCAGCAAAUUUGUUUCUGGCUUCAGUGAUUUCCCGUUUCCAAACGAUUCUCCUGCAUAUUUCACGAGCGCUCGAGCUGCUGAUUACUUGGAGUCAUACGCUCGGCACUUCAACCUUCUCCAACACGUGCGCUUUCACACGACUGUCGAAGUGGUAGUUCGAAACGCGUCGAACAGCACCUGGGAUGUCCACAUCAUCAACUCUGAUGGGCACAGUAUCCUGACCUUUGACAAAGUGGUGUUUGCUCACGGCUGCGAGGGAAUCCCGGCUUUCCCGCCCAUGAAAAAUCGUGACAAGUUCAAGGGGAUUGUGCUUCACGCACAGGCUUAUAGGGAUUCAGCGUUAUUGAAGCAGAAGCGCAUUCUUGUCGUAGGCAACGGCAAUACAGCCUGCGAAUUAUCCGUCACGCUAGCUAAGUCAGCAUCCAAGGUUUACCAGUCCUACCGGCGAGGUCGCAUCAUGUUGUCCCGCCAUGGCGACGAUGGGGUUCCCCUAGACUCGCAAUUUACUUGGCCUGAUCUACGUCUGAAGUACUUCCUCGAUAGCACCAUCCCUUGGCUGACAUGGCCUCUUGCGGAUCGAUUUAUGCGGAAAAGAAUGAUUGCCCACGCGGCACGAUCGGAGCAAGUGUGGCCCGGUGAGUCUCGUGCUAAAAGAUUGAAGCGCACGGAGAAGAAGAUGAGAGAGGAGUGGCGGCUUCUUCCGUGUGCGAGCAUAGCUCAUGUCCAUCCGGCUGUGCAGGAGGAUUAUAUACCUGCCAUACGCAUGGGAGAUAUUACUCCAUUACAUGGUUUCAAGGACUUCGCUGGCGAGAACCAGGUACUACUCGCGGAUGACGCCUUGGUGGAAGUUGACGCCGUAAUAUUUUGUACGGGGUACGAGAUGGACUUCAGCAUUAUGCCUGAGCUAGAGAUUGACGGAGCGUGUGGAAUGCCGUUGAAAAGGGCUGGGGAUGGCACUCGGCAACGGUCGAUGGACGAUACAGAGAACAGUAGUGACUCCGGUCAGAGGCAACAGCCGCGCCUUCCUCGCCUGUUCCAAAUGAUAUUCCCUCCCCGUCAUGCCUCGUCUAUAGCAUUUCUCAGCUGGCUAGCCCCCCAAGAAAGCGUCUGGUGUGUCUCGGAACUUGCAGCUAUCGCCGUUACUCAGAUCUGGGUAGCGGAAACCGCCAAUUCCAAAGGGCUGUAUGAGAUGCAACAACGGCCAAGUACCUACCGCUCACCAGCUCUUCUCCCGCCGGCGAGUAAGAUGAACGCCCAAGUCGACGUCUACCACGCUUGGUUCCGGACGGCAUGGCAGAAGGAACGGUCCGUUCGUAGCGGCUACGUCCAUCACGCGCAUUCGUUCUACCGCUUCCUCCACGAAGCUGCUGGAACUGGGCUGUAUCAGAAUCUGGACCACGUGCUCACUACACGUGGAAUACGGCUGUGGUGGAAGGACCGGGAGCUUUGGACUUGGCUGGCUAAGGGUCCGAUGAAUGCCUAUGCGUGGCGCCUGUUUAACACGAACCCUAAAGCCAUACCUGGGUGUGGAAGGAAGGUAUGCCCUGAAGCUAGGACGAUGGUGAAAGAAGCGUACGAGGCUUGCGAAGAAUACAAGCGGCAAAAGUGA